AUGUCACAUGCACCGCGGCGAUGUCAAGGCAGCAAGGAAACGCGGACCUACAAUAUCAGUGUCGUCGGUCUUUCCGGGACCGAGAAGGAGAAGGGAAGCUGUGGAGUAGGCAAGUCGUGCCUCAGCAACAGGUUCUCAAGGCCAAGAGCAGACGACUAUCACACGGAACACACUUCGAUACUGAGCCAAGUUGAUUUCGGCGGUCGGGUCGUGAAUAACGACCACUACCUUUACUGGGGCGGGGCAACGCGCACCGCUGACGGGGGACGAGAGUACGCCUUCAACGUUGUCGAACAAACCGAAUUUGUUGACGACGCCACUUUCCAGCCACACAGGAGCUCCGACUCCCGGCAUUACGUCAAACGCGCGGCCGCCACCAGGCUCGCCUCGGCCGAAAAGCUCAUGUACAUUUGCACUGACCAACUGGGAGUCGAGCAAGAUUUUGAGCAGUAUCCAAUGCCCGACGGUAAGCUGCACAUUGACGGCUUCUUGGUGUGCUUCGAUGUCAGCGUUUCCGCGCAGAGAACGCUGCGAGAUCAGUUGAGGUUUCUGGAGGAGUUGGUGUCGCAACUUGUGAAAUUAAAGAAGCCCAUUUUGUUGGUUGCCACAAAGUGUGACGUGUUGGAUGAGCAGCACCUGAAGGAACUUCGAGCGUUUGCCUCUGGGAAAAAAGUUCGCCUGCCGAUAGUCGAGACGUCAGCAAGUGACAAUGUGAAUGUGUCGGCAGCAUUUCUGACCCUUGCGCAGAUGAUUGACAAGCCGAAAGGAAAGCCAAAGUUGGUGCCGUUUGAGAAGGCCGCCAAGCAAGUCAAGGAACACCACCAAAGUGCCAUUAAGGAUUAUAAUUCUCGGUUGACAAAAAUUGUCACAGACUACCGCGUGACCUGGCAGGUGACCGGCAAGCAACUGGAUGGCUGCCCGGAGUAUGUCCAGCUUGUGGACUUGCUGGGUGCUAACAGGGCUGAAAGUUACUUUCGAGAACACAUCACGCGUUUGAAGGCUGCACAUAUCGAAGGAAAGGUGGCACAAUACAUCAGCUCUCUGCCCGACGCUUUUGACUCAUUGGUCCCUGACAUCACGGACAUUGAAUCCCUCAGCUGGAACGAGGCUUUGCUGCUCUUGCGGAAGAAACCAGAGUUUGGAUUGUGGUUUGUCGAGCUGUCCGAUGGGGUUUGGACCGACAGCGGUCGCGUCAACGCCGUCGCCGACGGGCGUGUCCCCGUUGCGUUUUUGCGAGAGUUCGGCCCUUCGCAUUUCCAAGCCCACGUGCGGAAAUUGCAGGUGCUGAGGAAGAAGGAGGAAAUGAAGGGAGCCCUUCGCGACACGUUGGAGAAUUCUGGCGAGGUGUUGCCAGGGAGGCCGUGGGAUGACGCACGGUCGUUCCUCAUCGACGAGGAGGGCUCGCGGACGCCGUGCGGGCGAGGGCGCGUUUCAAUCUACCGAGAGUGCCGAGGCAAGAUGACGGAUGAAGCGAAAGACGAAUACCAGGAGCUGCUCCUCGAGCGCUCGGAAACGUUCGCCGGCGUGGACAGAAACGAAGCGUUUGACCGCGACGAGAUAGCGGAGAUUCACCAGGACCUGGAACGUGACGGUCGCCACGAGGCGCUCAAGUGGGCGCCUGCCUUGAGAGAUGCGCUGAUCCUGAAACACGUGUUCUCUGUUCGUCACCCAACCAGGGAGUCUUGCUUCAGUAAAGAUAAGUGCACUGACCUGCAAAUUCCGCUGCUUCUCUCAAGUGCUAUUCCCAAAUUGGUAAGCAAACGUUCGGAAUCUUUAAUCAAUUUUGACAGUGCGGAUGCAUUUGAUGUCAUAAUAUUCGGUAGAGAUGGCCUCGCAAGCAAACUUUGCAGCGAAAUCAAACAGCAAUCGGCCGGAAAUGAGUUUACGGUGAAUGGGAAGGUUUAUGAGUUGGAACUGAAAGCAAUGGAUGGAGAUGUGACGGGCUUUGCAAACAUCAUGCAGAGUAACGUUUCUCAGCCCAGCGGAUGUCUGUGUGCUUUCAACUCAUUGAAAUCGUUAAAUUACAUCGUGGACAGCCUAGGAAGAGUGAAUUCUUGUGCGUCCUUCAUAAAGAAGGAUGGCCUCUCGAGCUGCAUUCCUGUUGCUUUGAUGCUGGCAAAUCAGAAGGACGUUACAGACAGAAAGCUGCCUUUGCUACGACAGCAAGCCCAGCAUGCGGCCGACAAGCUACAAGUCUCUUUUAUCGAUUGCUCUUCUGAGAUGUCAUCUCCAAAACAAUUCCAUGAAACACAGAUCAAAUGUGCCCUGAGUCAGAUCGUAAAUGCUUGCCAGAACACGACCCUUCUGCCCGACCAAUUCAGCAGCCCAGAGUCUGGCGCGCCCGACGUGAACAUCACCAUGUGUCUGAUGUGUGGAGACCCUUUCAACAUUGGCACGGUCCUAACGCCCUUUAUGGAAUUCUGCAGCAGUGGGCAUCCUGCUGGCAACGACUGCAUGAAUCUAGAAAUGUCUGUGGGAAUGCAGAGCAGAAGGAUCAAGGUUACCGUCAUCUCUUACCACGCAGCAAUGCUGAAGCGAGAAGAGCUCACCCAUGGCUACGUUUUGGUGUAUUCUGCCAAAAGAAAAGCUUCCUUUGCAAUGCUUCGAGCAUUCCUCUCCGACGUAACAGAGGCCAUUCCAGUUCUGCUCGUGGCCAUCACUGACAGCUCCGCAGAGUUUCUGGAAAAUGCGCUGGCAAGAGAGCUUUUCCCCAAGGGCAGCCGUAUUGCGAAUGAGAUCGGAGCUGAGUCCAUUGCCGCACCCGCACAGCCGCAUUUUCACCGACAGAAGGAAUAUCUGAAGACGUUUUUCACCAAAGUUUUGGAGACGAAGGCUGUGGUUGAAGACGACUACAAGAGUGGCCGCACUUUGGAAUCGCGCAACGAAACGCCGCGGCAGGUGUCAUUGCCGUCAUUGACAUCGCCACCCGAGAGCGACGAUGACGAGGGCCAGCCUCGGUAUGGCACAACGAGCGAUGAAGCUCAGCUUAUUCCAAGCACCACGCCCCGUGUAAAAUCCACGGAUGCGGGGGGGAAUAUGAAUCCACUCACGUGCGCCAACAUAACGAGCCAAGACAUCGAGAGGACACGCAAGAAGUCGCUCCCUCCUCCGAAACCCAAACCCGUUAUGGAGAGGCCGCAGGUAAACAAAUCGGAGCCCAAACUUCUCGAGAAGAUAAACGGCAGCGUCCGCAAGGCACCCGUGAGACCUCAGGGCCCUCCGAAAGCUCCCGUGACGUCACCGGCGGACUCGGAGUCAACCAAGCUUCCGCCAGUGCAGGGUGGCGAGAUGCAGUCGAUGGCGAAGCCGUUGGAUCGUGCCAAAGCGGCGGGGCCGAACGGAGACGGUGCCGACGGCGGCGGCCCGCUUGAGCGGAGGCCGAGAGACCGGCGGCAGGCGAGGAGAAACCGCCCGUGCGGGUUCAAGUCCAGGAGAAAGCAGGCGGACCCCGCAGACGCAAUCCGGCGUCACGCCGCACGCCCCUCCGAUGCCGGCGACUCCGAGCCGCUUCUGUCGCCCUCGGAGCGCGACCGUCCGGGCCUUGACAACCCCGCCGCGCAGUUCCAUGACGAAGUAUCCGGCGGCGACGGCGGCGGAACGAGAAGAGAGAAAGGUGCACAGGACGAAAGGGGAGGCGAGGCUGAACACCGCUUCCCAGACUGCGUGCGCGAGGACUCGACCGGCGACACGUGCGCAUGUGUGCGCACCCUCUCCCAUUCCGCCAACCUGCAGUACUGCGAGUUCGCCGACACGGAG